AUGCCAACGAUGUCUUUCAAAAGCAAUCAGUCCGAUACCACCACAUCUUCCACAGACAAACUACCAGCUUAUAAAAGAAUUUCAGAUGAUGAUUUAUAUAGACAUUCAACACAAUAUAGAUUAUGGUCAUUUACUCCAGAACAACUAGCAAAUAAAAGAAUCCAAACCAAUGAAGAAGCAACCAGAAAAAUAAACGAUAAUUUACUAGCAUUCAUCAAAAAUCAUAGUAACGAUUACACACCAGAAGAAAUCACCUUAAUACGUGAAAAGGCUAUCCCAGUUACCAUGGAAGAGGAGAUAAAGUUGAUCAAUUUCUAUACGAAAAAAGUCCAAGUUAUUGCUCAACAUUUAAAUUUGCCAACAGAAAUUGUUGCAACCUCAAUUUCAUUUUUUAGAAGGUUUUUCUUGGAGAAUUCAGUUAUGGAAAUCGAUCCUAAAACAACUGUUCAUACUACAAUCUUUUUAGCUUGCAAAUCAGAAAAUUAUUUUAUUGGAGUUGAUUCAUUUGCUAAAAAGGCCAAAUCUUCAAGGGAAGCAAUUUUGAAAUAUGAAUUUCAAUUGUUAGAAAGCUUGAAAUUUUCUUUAUUAAAUCAUCAUCCAUAUAGAGCCUUGCAUGGUUUCUUUUUAGAUAUUCAAUCUGUAUUGCGUGACAAAGUUGAUGUCAAAUAUAUGGGCCAAAUUUAUGAUAGAUGUAAGAAAAGAAUAACAGAUGCCUUAUUAACAGAUGCAGUUUAUUUUUAUACUCCUCCUCAGAUUACUUUAGCUAUGCUAUUAUUGGAAGAUGAAACUUUAAUAAUAAAAUAUUUGGAAACAAAAUUCCCUUCACAACAGCUUGAUUCUAAUUCUGAGAAUUCAAAUCAAAAUAAAGAUAACUCCAAUGAACCUAAUUCAACAAUAACUGGAAGCAACAAUGAUAAUAAUAAUAAUAAUGCUACUAAUGACAGUGAGAAAGAAUCAAAAGAACAAAGUCAACCUCAAGAUAUAAGUUCAUCAAGCGCCACACCCAUAACUACUUCCGAAACGACGCCUACUCAAAGAUUUCCAUCCUCAUCAAAUUCAAAAUUAACUGAAGAAGAAAAAGAGAAAGAAAAGAUAAAAGAAAGGCAAGAAAUGGAUAGAGUGAAGAAUUUAAUUCAUUACGAAAAAUUAUUGAAAAUUAUUACCGAAUGUGGUGAAUUAAUAUGUAGACCUAAUAACGUGUCUGUUCAAGAAGCCAAAAGCAUUGCAGCCAAAGUUUAUUAUUGUCAGAAUCCAAGAAAUGUUAUUCAAAGAUUGAAAAGAAAGACAGCUGCUACAACAACUGCAUCAGAGUCUACUGAGUCCUCUGAUGAAAAGAAGCAAAAACUUUAA